AUGGCUUUCAGCAGACCCUGGUUGCGGGAAGUCUGUGCUAAGAUCACCGACGAAGUUGUUCAGGCUGCCGCAGAGAAUCGAUCCUGCGGAAUAAGGAUCAUGGAACUUCUACUUGCUCAACGAGGGGCUGAGAUCAAGAUCACCGAUGAAGUUGUCCAGGCUGCCGCAGGGAAUCAAUCCUGCGGAAUAAGGAUCCUAAAACUUCUACUUACUCAACGAGGGGCUGAGAUCAAGAUCACCGAUGAAGUUGUCCAGGCUGCCGUAGGGAAUCAAUCCUGCGGAAUAAGGAUCAUAAAACUUCUACUUGCUCAACGAGAGGAGAUCAAGAUCACCGACGAAGUUGUUCAGGCUGCCGCAGGGAAUCGAUCCUGCGGAGCAAGGAUCAUGGAACUUCUGAUUAACAGUCGAGGGUCUAAGAUCAAGAUCACUGACGAAGUUGCUUCUGCUAUCGCUGGGGAUAUAUAUUAUGGAGCAAAGAUGAUGGAAGUCCUACUUAACCAACCAGAAGUCGAGAUCAAAAUCACCCCAGAAGUUGUCCAGGCUGCCGCGGGGAAUAUAUCAAGCGGAGCAAGGAUCAUGAAACUUCUACUUAACCUGGAAGGAGCUGGGAUAAAGAUUACUGAUGAAGUCGUCAGUGCCGCCGCGGGGAAUCAGUCUAGCGGAGCAAAGAUUAUGGAAAUUCUACUUGAUCAACGAGGAGCCGAGAUCAAAGUCACUGAUAAAGUUGUUCAGGCUGCCGCAGGAAAUAAAUAUCGCGGAGUAAAGAUCAUGGAACUUCUACGUGACCGAACAUGA